CACACACACACAGAGACUGGAGCAGAAACAGAGAGAGAGAGAGACUGGAGCAGAGACACAGAGGGAGAGACGAGCAGAGACAGACACACACACACACACCCUUGACCCUCUGACCCUGCACCAACAUACUCUGUCUGGUUGCUCUUGUGACUGGUUCCGCCACCACCUCUGGCCUGCAUUUCAGGCACUCACCACCCUUUAAGUGAAAAACUUGUCUUGCACAUCUUUUUCAAACUACAGCCCCUCACCCACCCUGCUCCUUGAUCCUGUGUCCCCUGCCCCAAUACUCUAUUGGUCUUGCAGCAGAAACAGAGGAACUCAGCAGGCGAAUGAGACUCAGAAUUCUUCCACAAACGCCAACAUUUUAGCACAAGCCCAACGAGACAACCAGCGAACCGGGACAGUCUGCAGGGAGAUCAGCAAUGCAGCAACCAAAGAAGAAAGAGUUGACUUGGACCCCUCUGAAAUGCCAUUGCCCUAAGCUUGACCAAGAUGAUCAAGCCAUCAGGCGAUGUGUCAAUGUCAGAUUCAUCAGCCGAACUGGCAACUUAGCCUGGACCAUCACCCAAGGCUCUCAAGGCCAACCGCAACAUCGUACUCAAACCAGCAAACAAAGGAGGAGCCAUCGUCAUACAGAAUAAAACGGACUACUGCAAAGAAGCAUACUGACAACUGAACAACCAGGAACACUGAAGACAGUUACGUGCUGAUCCAACCAAAGAACAUACCUGUCAACUGAGUAGACUGAUCAGGACUUUUGAUCCAGACCUCCACAGUAUCCUAUGUGUUCUUAUGCCAUGUACAUCCUGCCUUCCAAAGAUAUACAAAGUCAACACAGCUGGACGUCUCAAUGGGACUCUGUGUGGGAAAUUCUCUGGCUAUGUUGAGGGCAUCUUGAAACCCAUUUUACAAGGAACUCCCAGUUUCUGUUGUGACACUACAGACUUCUUAGAGAAACUCAGCACCCACGGACUUGUCAAACCAGGAACAUUCCUUGUCACAAUGGAUGUUUUGGGACUCUACACCAAAAUUCCCCCAUGACAGCCACAGUACUCAAGCCAACAACUGCCAAUUUCCAGAUGUCAUUGUACAACUCUUCCGCUUCAUCUUCAAUCACAACAUCUUCACCUUUGACAACAAGCUUUUUAUCCACACACACAGAAAAGCCAUGGGGACCACAUUUACAUCCCAACAUUUUCAUCCACAAGUUUGAGUAAGACUUCUUUGCUACACAGGACCUUUGACCAACACUAUACACCACAUACGUUGACAACAUUUUCUCCCUUUGGAUUCAUGGUGGGGAAUCACAUAUGACUACAUGAUGAUAUCAAUGAAUUUCAUCCCACCAUCAGACUUAGGAUGGAUUCUUCAGAAUCUUCACAAUCAGUCUCAUUCUUGGACAGUCACAUUUCUAUCUACAACUGACACCGCAGUACUUCACUCUACUGCAAGUCUACAGGCAACUUCACGAUGCUGCACUUCUCCAGCUUCCACCCUAAACAUGUUACAGAAGCCAUCCCCUACAAACAAGCCCUGCAUAUACACAGGAUCGGCUCGGAUGAGGAGAAAUGCAAUGGAUGCUGACAAAUGCUGAAAAACACCCUCAUAAGAACAGGAGGUGAUGCUCACUUUUUUGAUUGACAGUUCUGACGUGCCAUAGCGCAAAACCGCAGGGAUUGCCGCGAAGACAGACAUGGGAUGUGACAGAUAAGAGUGCCCUUCAUUGUCUGGUACUUCUCCGGAGUGGAGAAACUAUGCCCUGUUCUUUGCAGCCUAAAACCUGUCAUCAAUGACAAUGAACAUCUCACCAAGGCCAUCCCUACACCUCCAUCUCUCGCCUUCAAGUAGUCACCUAACCUCAAACAGACCAUCGUUUGUAACAAGCUCCCAGUCUUCAGGAGAACAGCGACCACAACACCAUGCAACUAUGCCAUGGCAACCUCAGCAAGACAUGUCAGAUCAUUGGCAUGGAUACUACCAUUACAUGUGGAGCACCACUCACCACGUAUGUGGUACAUACAUGUGAUUCAUCCAAUUUUGUCUACCUCAUAUGCUAUAGAAAUUAAUGCCUCAAGGCAUGGUAUACCAGCGAGACCAUGCAGAAGCUAUGACAGCAGAUGGUUGUCGUAGACGGUCACAGUGCCACAAUUGACAAGCAGCAGUGUCUCCUCCCAGCCAGGGAACACUUCAGCAGUCAAGGUCAUACGGCCUUGGAUUGUUGGGUGAUUUAUCAAGUAUACUUAGAACCAAGUCGAAUUACCAGAAGGAGUAUUGAUCAGCAUCUAAGAAUAAAAAUUGUGUAUGAUUUAAGUAUUGAAUAUUUACCCAUGGACAAAAAACAUUUAGUUAAGGAUAAACUAUUCCCAAAUGCAAUUAAAUAUUUACAAGAAACAUUCCAAGUUCGUAAAGUAGUUGGCCCAAUUCUGCUAAGCAGGCCAUGUGCAACCAAUCAGUAUUUAAGAAAGAAGGAUGACCCACACAUGUAUUGUCAAGGUGCCUGUGCUGACAUUACAAGAUGCGGCCCAGUAGUAGUUCCAGAAGAACAUUUACAGCAAUGCAGGGUGUGUAGUGAAAAUGGAAAAUCCUGUGGGUCUGCAGGGUUAACUGAUGGUCCAGGUGUCAUGGAUGCUGACUUUUUGCUUUAUGUGAGUGCACUGACUACAGAACGUUGUGGACAAGAGGAUAUUGUCGCCUAUGCAGCGUAUUGUCAACUGGAAGCAGAAUUGGACAGGCCUAUUGCAGGAUAUGCAAACUUAUGUCCGAGUAUGAUUCCCACUGAGCCACAAGAGUUUAAAGGCAUGUUGUCAACUGUAAAACAUGAAAUUGUCCAUGCUUUGGGUUUCUCUGCAGGACUUUUUGCUUUCUACCGUAAUGAUGAGGGAAAACCUCUAACUGCAAGAAAGGCAAAUGGUCUUCCAUCUUUUAAUGAAUCGCUUGGAUUGUAUCAGUGGAGUGACAAAGUUGCACGCAAAGCAUCAAGAUUAUGGGAUAUAAGGGGGAACAAAAAACUCAAUCAUGAGGUCCUUCUCCUUGUGACUCCACGAGUAGUUAAAGAAGCCCAGAACCACUUUAACUGUCCAAUUCUUGAAGGAAUGGAACUUGAGAAUCAAGGUGGAAUGGGUACUGAACUGAAUCACUGGGAAAAGCGGUUGCUGGAGAAUGAAGCAAUGACCGGCUCUCACACACAGAAUAGAGUAUUCUCCAGGUUAACCUUGGCAGCUUUGGAAGACACAGGAUGGUACAAAGCCAACUAUAGUAUGGCAGAGAGACUAGAGUGGGGUGAAGGUAUGGGCUGUGACUUUGUAAUGAAAAGCUGCAAGUACUGGAUUGACCGACAACGGAAGAUGAAUAAAAAUGUAACUCCAUAUUGUGACACACUAAGGACAUCACCAUUACAGUUAACAUGUCGACAGGAUCAAAAGGCUGUAGCAGUCUGUAAUUUAGAAAAGUACCCAGCACACCUACCAUCAGAGUAUCAGUAUUUUGACUAUCUUGACGGUGUACCAGAGGGAGAGUUGCAGUACUACGGUGGAUCAGUGGAAAUAGCGGACUACUGUCCUUUUAGUCAGGAGUUCAGUUGGUAUAUCAGUGGCGAAUUCCAGCGUGGCUCUGAUUGCAGAAUCUCUCAAAAUCAGCCAGAGCCUUCUCGAAACUAUGGUGCUGAAGAGUAUGGACCAACCUCUGUCUGCCUUGCUCAGAAAUCUCGUUUUGUUAUGAAGCAGUGCAACAAGAGUCCAGGUUCUCCAGACUGGGGUAGUGGAUGUUAUAGGGUUUCCUGCACAAUUAAAGGACUAAUAGUUUGGGUUUCUGAUAAGUUCUAUUUAUGCAGCCGAACAGGGCAAGUACUAUCUAUUAAUGUUAAGAUGAAUGACUGGGUCUACACAGGAAGCCUGGUAUGUCCAUCCUGUUUUGACUUCUGCAAUACAUGUCCACCAGAGAGUGAUCCACCACUAAGCAAUUUCACGAGGACAAUUCCAAUUGAUCCAUGCUCCAGGUCAUCAGGACUGGUGGUUACUCUUUGGUUCCUCAUAACCAACUUCCUACCACUGGCAGUCGGCUUCUUCCUCUGUGUGUGGAAUUAACUCCAUUAAAGGCUGUACUAAGGUUGUACAGUUUGAACACUGCCACAGCUAAGGAUUACUCUGCAAAAGAAUAUACUAGGUGCUUUUAUCAAAAAGACUGAAUUCAGUCUUUGCGAUAGGUAUAGGGAUUGAUUGUGACUUUUGAUCUCAGUUGAUUAAACAAUCCAAGAAACUAUGGCUGUGUCAAAUGACAAGGGUGCUACUACUGUACUUUGUGUAUUGAACCACGCUGAACUACCUCGAAAAUGCUUCAUAGGAAGAUGAGCUAAAUGCAGUCUGUCCCUUGAUUACUUGUAUAUGCACAUUUGAAUGUCUUAUGUAAAUGGUACUGACUUGCACAGAUUGUCAAAUAUGAUUCAACAGCAUGUCAAUCUGUCACUAUUUGCACUUACGUUGCUUAUUUUGCAGCUAGUGCCUCAGUUUUAUUAAAAAAAAAUAAAUCCUGCACAAUCGUCAGUGAUUAGUAGAACUUCUGUAAUAAUGAUUAUGUCAGCAUCAGAUAUUUGUUUUAAUUAUACCUUGGAUAUCAUGUACAGCAAUAAGUAAUAGAGCACAUUAUUGCCUAUUUUGUAAUCCUUUCCCGUUUUCCUAGUCCUGUAUAGUCUGUAAUCAGAUGUUAAGAUGCCAACAAUUCUAGGGGACCAUAGAAGCUGGGUUUGUAACUUUUUAACUUGAGAAAAGAAAUCAGUAAGUGAUUAAAAUACAAUAUUGAAGACAAGUGGAUAGCAGUUCCACUUUGUCCUCUAUGCGGCCAUAAUGGCUCAAUGGAUUUUAAAAGUUGAAGCACUGAAUAGGUCCCAAUUUGAACCAGGCUGAGUUGUGGCACUCCCCAUGAUUGAAAUAAUUUUAAUGCUUACAGGAAGACCUGUGAAUAGAGUGAUUUUUAUGGAUGCCUAGCCCCUUUGACCCAAUAAGAAAUUGGCACUUUUAAAGCAGGAAAAAAAGCUGAUGAAAAGCUUUUAUUUUUGUCAACUUUUAAAAAGUUUAUUUAAAGUGAAAUUAAACAAUAUAGUUUAUUUCUACAACAGUGAUUUUUUAAUGAUAUAAUUUAAUCGUAAUAUUACCAGAAUUACACCAAUCAAAAAACUGUCCUGAGUAAGUAAAAUGAAUUUCCUACAGGAUAUCUCCUCAUAUAUUUGUAAUGAAUACUGAAGAGUAAUGAUGGUGCAAUAUAUGUUUUUUAAACAUUUAUUAGUGUUAGUCAGUUAUGGUUUCUUUGCUUAAUAAGCAAAACAUUAUUAAUAGGGUACAGUGGGGUGAAUCAAAAACUGUUCUAUUAGAGCACAGGUAGGUCAGUUUAGCUAGAUGAAUUCCUGUACAACAACAAUUACUGCUGUUGAAAGUACAGAUUUCACAUCAGAUCACAGCUCUACAUUAUGCCAUAUCAUAUAUUUCACAAGGUAGCAAUGUAGACCAAAUAAUCUUAUUUGACACUAUCAGUAAAAAGUGAUCAUGGCUUUAUAAUGGUGCAGCGCAUCUUGUUCCUAGCUACUUUUUGUGCAUCUGUUGGUUCAGAUUUAGGAAGACAGUACGCUGUUGAACAUAUUAAAGCAUUAAUGUUAUACUGUUUAACAAUUAGUUUAACCGUAUUAGUGAGGCUUUUCAUUAAGAAUAUAUUUUGUUGAGUGAUUACUUUGAAAUCAGUCAGCUUAUCUCAGGUGAUGAACUGUGAAUAUCUGAAGUCAUAUCUAUUUCAGUAUUUAUUAGAAUACUGGAUAAAAGCUUUUUCUUCAUGUUAAACUGUGAACUUAUCAGAUAUUUUUCUAGACAUGAAUCGGAUGAAGGUAAAACUAAGUGCAAUAUCUCAUUUGUUUUUUUUCUCCUAGUUUGUUUCCCAGUAAUUGUGUGCUAGGAAGUUCAUUGUAUAAACACAAGUGGCUAGCACCUGUUGUACUUGGUUUGUAAAAUGUUCAUAUGUAUUUUUAUGUUUAUAAAAAUUGAAGGAAUGUUGUAAUUUAAUGUAUAAUUUGGUCUAGUAGAAGUAAAAUCACUUUCAUUGCUCAAUGUUUGCAUUCUAAAUGUUGGUAGUACUAAGAGUAGGCUGUUUUUGAAAGUGUUAUAAAAUGCAGUACUAAUUAUUACUCUUACAAUAACAUUACACCUGAUUAGACACUUUACUAUUUAUUAAGUUUUCAUGGGAAUAUGGAAUAAAACAUGAACCAAAUCAAUGCCUUGGUGUGAUAUAGGAGCGAGCAGUAAUUGUGUUUUCUUCUUUUUUGAAUACCAUAAAUGAAACAUGCAGCAUAUUGAUAAUUAUAAUUGUGAGGUUAUAAUUUAUGGAUAAUUUCGAUGUUUCAUUUAAGAUUACACUAUUUGAAUGUUAUUAAAUUAGUCAGAUUUGCAUUUGGAUGUCAUAAUGUGAUGUUCCUUAUCUUACCAAAUAUUUUAAUAUCUUUCUAUGAGGGUUGGGAGAAUGUACAUGUUCUUAGCUCCAUUUUGUGCUUUUUAUUUAAAACAUACAAGUAUUACAAGACUUCUUUCCCGGUCUAAUGUUUCUUGCCUGUAAUCUAGAGAUCAAUUGCACACACCAACUUCAGUGCAGAUCCACCUAAUAUGCUACACCUUCAGUAGACCACAAAGAGCUGAACACAUUCACAAUUAUACCAGUUACUGAUCAGUCCUGUGAACUGGAGUCUGUCUCUGGCAGUCUAUCCACUGACAAGUUUUCUCAUGCACAUCUUCAGAGUGCUUGAUCAGACCAGCCUACCAAAUGCAACAAUAAAGCCUUAGAACCUAAUUUUCUUCUACUUUUAUUUAUGUGCCAUUUAAGUUAAUACCAGGUUUUGACCUAUUUAGUUGGCUUCUAAUUACAUCACUUCUGACCAUCAGCUUUCUUAACUGGACCCCUCUCAAGACUAUGUCUCAGAGCAUGAUCUCCAAUAGAGUUAAUAAUUUUUAGUGCUGAAGAAAAGAAGGCAUAUUCAUGACCUAAUGAGCACAAAAUGGAUCCUUUCCAUAUAGCUUGAGGCCAGAUUUUGCAAAUUGUUUUACAGAACUUGCUGAUCCCAGUAAGUCGGCAUCUUGACUAAAUUACCUAUACUAACGCAGGAAAUACUUUUACUGGUAAAUAGAGAUGGAGUUCCAAACUUCCAACAAAUAACAAUUAAUGGUUGUGAUGAAAAGUGAGAUAUAUAUAAUUUUUUUAAGGAGUUUGGAUUUUAAAUUAGUGGCAUGUGUGUGUUGGUUGUGUUUCUGAAAGAUGUUAAAAAUUAAAGAGGUUAGUCUUUCUAGAAUCGUGACUUUAAAUGAUUGUGUGCCUCAAAGAACAGUACAGAACAGGAAAAGGCCCUUCAGCCCACCAAGUCUGGGCUAACACAUGAUGUCUUACAAAUUUAAAAUAAAACUUCUGCCCUAUAUCCCUCUAUUCCCUGCCUUUUCAUUGUAUCUGUCAAUGUUGCUAGUGUAUCUGCUUCUGCUAUCUCCCCUGGCAGCACAUUCCAGGCACUUCACCACCCUCUGCGCGAAAAAAGUGCCUUUACAUCUCCUACAAGCUUUUACCCUUUUACCUUAAACUAUGACCCCAGGUAAUUAACAUUUAUACCUUGAGAAAAAGACUCUGACUCUCAAUGCUACUCAUAAUUUUAUGACCUUCUAUCAAAUCACCCCUCAGCCUCUAAUGUUCAAGUGGAAAUAUUUUGAAAACCAGGUUUCCUGACAAUAAAGAUUUAGUUGGGCAAACAUCACGUUAAACAAAAACAUUUAUGUGCAAGUACAACAACCAAACAGGAAAGCAUUGUUUCAAUAUUUAGUUAUCACUGUUGCACAGUUCAUGGACACAUCACAAAGGUUUCAUCUGCUCUGGUUUCCCAUGUUUCCCACUUGCUAAAGUAAUUGCAGAAUGCACAGGCAUGACAUAGCAGGAAAAUCAUCUUUGCAUAACUAUACAGCUGAAGAAAAUUGACAAAAAAGUGUUUAACAAGUGAAGCAUUUAAUCCCAAUACUUACACUCGGAUCAAAAGUCUUCAGUUCUUAAAUCUUCGACAAUUCUAGCAAUGGCAUCUUUAAAAAUUCCAAUUUUAUCUAAUGAUUAUUUGGUAUGGUACUGACAUUAGGGGGCAAGUUAAAAGUUAUUUAGUAGAUGUUUGGAGCUUCCUGUUCAAUCUUGCUGUCAUAAUUUUAAAGGUUUGUAGGCAACUAUGUGCAGAAGAAUGAAUUAAUAAAUAGCAAGUCAAGCAAGUAAGAGAACAAGAUUAACCUAGAUUGCUGAUCUGGAUAAAUAUUGCUGGUGGUGGUGGUAGAGGAGGGUUGUGCAGGGGUAUUUGAUAAACACGCUUUGUGACACUGCAGUGAACUGUUAGCAUUGUAGAAUCAAAUUGUUUAAGUGCUACAGCAAUUUUAAGGGAUAUAGACUUUACAACAUACAAAACCAUUCUUAAUAAAGUAUUUUAUUGUGAUUCACAUAUAAUCAAUUUCCAAGUUAUAUAAUUUUUAUAUUUCCAGAACAAGGUUUAUACCUUUCACUUGUAGUAGCUCAGCACAUCAAACUAACAAUAUUUUUGCAUUGACAGUUCAGUUGGUUUAUUUUUAAAAUAAUAAAAUGUUUACAGUAUAAACAUUUGUUUUAAGUGGUCUAUUUUACUGGAACUGAAUGACAAAAAUUAGCUGCAUAAUUGAAAACCAUUAUUUACUAGAGAUAAGGUUAAGGUCAACAGGAGAAAUGUGCUGAGAAACUGCAUUGACAAAAGCUGGGAAUGUUUGAAGAUUUUGUUGAAACAUUGGUAAACAUUCUAGAGAUUAGAGAAGGAUUUUACCAGUCCAUUCGAAAAACAUUUCACGACAGGUCAAAACAAUUAGUGGAAUAGUGAAACCAAAUUUCAUUAUUAAGUAUCACUAUUUUUAAAAAAGCAUCUUCAAAGAUCAGCUUAUAAUGAUCAAUUUAAAGUAAGGUUGAUAAAAUAUUCUGCAGUUAUACUUAUCAUGUAUUUGCAAAACCAAAAGGCUGUGUUUCUAACAUGUAUUGGUCUGAGUUGGCUCAAGUUACAUGUGUUCUGGGUGGUUCUGAAGACAUGUGAUGAUGUCUGCGACUGGUCUGCCCUCGUAGCAGAUUUGAUAAACUGCUGCAAAUAGUGGAAACCUGUAGGGGACAAGUAAUACAGAAGUUGGUCUGAAAUAAUUUAAUGUGUGGGAUGGGACCAUUCUACCCAAACUUAGCAGUAGUAAGUGGAUACCACGUGCACAUACAAAUAGCUAGAUACACUAGUACUAAUCAUAAAUUUUCAGACUAAAUUAUUGAAUUUAUGACCCAGAUGUUUUUGGGUAACAGUCCGUGGCAUCAAAUUUUCUUUAAUAUGACUCCUGUGAAGCAAUUUUCAUCAUUGUACUCCAUUAAAUACACCAUAUAAAUGCAACUGUUAAAAUUAUUGUACAACACAUGAUACAUUGACAUAUUUCUAAAUGAUUUGGCUCAUUUGCCAAUUAUUUUAAGUAAUCAAAAAGCACUCACUGAUUCACGAGGUUCCUUUGUUUAAGAAAUUUAUAAACUUCAGCAGAAGUCUGCGGACCUUGCAACUUCUGCCCAUUGAGCAUCUCUCUUUCCAAUUCUUCAAUGGCCUGGGUAAAAUAUAGAUGAGAGAUUAUAGUAUGACUAUAUGACCUACAUUCUGAUUAUCCAGCAAAGUCAAAUUACCGUCAUACAUUGUGCACAAUGUGGUAUGUAUCUAGAUUUAAUAUUACUAAAAAUAAGCAUGAUGAAUAUACAUAUCCCAAAAUUCAAGCUUCGGUGAGUCUGCUUCAUAGCAAACAUAGCAAGAUACGCCAGACGACGUGUUGAGUUUCUCCAGACAUUUCUGUUUCUGUUUCUGUUUCAGAUUUCUA